AUGGGAUCAGGGCUGGGAUCACAGCCAGGAUCCAGCCCAGAUCCAGCCAGGAUCCACCAGGACCGAACCCAGAUCCAGCCAGGAUCCACUGGGAUCAACCCAGGAUUGCAGCCAGGAUUGAACCCAGAUCCAGCUCACAGGGCUGGGAUCCAGCCCGCAAGGCCGUGGGCAGUGCUGCAGCAACUGAGGGAUCCACGGGAUCUGCCAGGAUCCACUGGGAUCACAGCCCAGAUCCAGCCCAGAUCCCACCAGAUCCCAGCCUGGAUCCCAGCUCCAUCUCCGCCCUGGGACUCUCCCCGAGCUCUCGCACAGCACUUUCUGAAGCUUCCAAGGCUCCACCUCGGCACCAGAUCCCUCCUGGAUCCACCAGAUCCCAGCCGGACCUUCCAGAUUUCACACGGAUCCUUCAGAUCCCACCUGGAUCCUCCACAUCUCUCCUGGAUCCUGCAGAUCUCACACAGAUGCUCCAGAUUCCACCAGGAUCCUCCAGAUCCCUCCUGGAUCCUGCAGAUCCCUCCUGGACCUUCCAGAUUUCACACGGAUUCUUCAGAUCCCCCCUGGCUCCACCAGAUCUCUCCUGGAUCCUCCAGACUCCUCCUGGCUCCACCAGAUCCCUUUGGGAUUCACCAGAUCCCCUCUGGCUCCACCAGCCCCUCCUGGAUCCCUCAGAUCCCGUGCCAGAUCCCCGAUCCCUCUCCGGCAGCACCGGGGCCGGGCCUGGACUCCCAGGGACCCCGCGGGGCCUCGGGCGCUUGGCCACCCCCAGAUCCCCCCUGGAUCCCCCCAGAUCCCCCUGGAUCCCAGGAGCUGGGGGUCCCCGGGCCCAGCAGGGAUCUCUGGGGGGUUUUGGUUGCUCCUCGUGGAUCUUUCCUGGAUCUGGGGGUCCCAGAGCCCCCUGUGGAUCCCUCCUGGAUCCCCCCCCAGAUCCUCCUGGAUCCUGGGAUUUGGGGGUCCCGGGAUCCCCCUGGGAUCUCUGGGGGGUUUUGGUGGCUCCCCGUGGGACAGGAGCUGCGGUGGCGCCGUGUGAGAGCCCGAGUGCCUGGGGACACCUGGGGACACUGAGGGGACACUGCUGUGGG